AUGGUUCGGACAACAAUCGCAUGUUCACACUGCCGCAAACUCAAGAUUAAGUGCGUCCAUGAAGGUUCACCACCAUGCCAGAAUUGCAAAAAGAAGGGGAGGACGCGCUCUGGGGAAUGUCUUCUCACCGGCCCUGAGUUGAAAAGGAAGCGUGUGCCAGAUACCCCGUUGGGAGAUAUAGAUCGGAGUCGUCGUAAUAUUCGUUCCACUCUAGCCGAUACUCCCUCUACCCAGUCCUCCGAGUUACAAGUGUUGGUAAAUGUUAAUCAUGAGAAAGGUCUUGCGGCGGACAGUUUUACUGUCGUGGCCGCACUCAAGACAUUCUCCGCCAAGUUCCCAGAGUUUCGCUUUGUUCACUUGCCUACUUUAUCCAAAUCUAUCCACAGUAUGGAACAAAAUGGCCAGAUCAAGUUCCUUCAGCGAACUUGUAGCGAGUCAUCACCCAUUCAUAUGCUAUGCGCGUCUAUCGUAGCGCUAUGCCUACCUAUCACUCAUGAGGUUUCAGAUACCUCCCCACCAGAGGCUUUCGCCAGUUUUGCUAGGAGCUGUGUCUCAAUUGCAAGUCCUCCAGACUUGCUAAUUGUUCAGGCACUCUUGGUGUUGUCCAUGUACGAGUGGGGAAUGGGGAACGGUUACCGUGCUUGGAUGUACAGUGGUGCCGCGACAAGGAUGAUGCAGUCUCUUCGAGUCAUGGUGCAUGUUGCCUCCCUUGUAUCAGUGGAGAAGGAAAUCCAUAACCGCACAUUAUGGGCGUGUUUUAUUAUGGAUAGACUUGUUCACUGUGGAAAGACCCAGCCUUUCGCAUUGUCUGUCUACUCUAUGGACACACACUGGCCAAGGUCCGAGGACGAUUUCGCGUUUGGUGAAUCGGCUGGCCACGCUGCUUUGACGAAUGAAGAGCGAGGACCCUUGGAAAAUAUGGAAGGUGACAUGAACCAUUACUAUGGAAUCCUUGUCAGAGGCUUCGACAUCUGGGCUCGUAUACUCUCCUGGGUGGUCAGCGGUGGGAGACGAUUGCCAGGAAUGUCACUGCCGGAAAACCAUCCAUGGGUAGCUGGAUCUCGAUGGAAGCUUCUUUAUGACGAACUAAUGGCAUGGCGAGAUCGGCAAGAUAAACGUCUUCGCUAUCCUGAAGCGUCUUUGGAGGGACACUCAGCACUUGGUACGGCUGAGAAAUUUGCGUACCUGAAUUUGAUAUACUAUGUGAGCCUUUUAUUCCUCGGUCGAGAAUAUCUGAGAUUUAUCCCCACCCCAGAUUCUGAGCCCAACGGACCCGUUGAUCCUCCACUUUUACCACUUCCAGCUCCUCCAGGUUGGUGGCAGGAUAGAGCUGACGAAAUAUUCACGUCUGCGGCACAUAUAGUGUCUCUUCUUAGAAAAUUGGAAGACGCAAACGAACCUCUCUAUACGCCUUUUCCCGGAUUCUGUGCCUUCUCAGCAGCUACCAUGAAUCUUUAUGUCACUUCAUUCCCAAAAAUGAAUUUGGAUAGAAACCGUAUCUCUACUUAUGCUGUCAACAAAAACAUCGAAUUUCUCCACAAAUUCAGGAAUAUCUGGGCAAUGGGGAAAGGGUGGUGGGUUACCAUGGGCCACUGCAAGGAACUCUACAAGAGUGCUCGCCAAGACCAUAGCCAAUUUCGAGGCAGAACCCGUGAGGACUUCAGCGCUCUGGAGUACUCGAUCCACGACAUUAGAGGCCAGCCACCAACAACUGGGGACUAUAUGUCUCCCGAAGUCAGUGUGGAUGACAUUGAUAUUAUCUCUACCACAAAUAAUGAGACUGCUGCAGCUCUAAGCCUUCAGGAGCUGUCCGGGUUCGAUAACUCACAACAAACAAGUAUAACACAGGAUGACGCGGUUGCAAACAGAGAUUGGAACCAAGCGUGGCCACUAUGGGGAGAGCAAGAUUUCAUUCCUUUCGCCAUCGAGGGUGUACCAUUUGAUUAUAAUAUGCCCUUAGGUGACCUGUGA